UGGAGCUGCACGGGGCCGCUCCUGCCCGCUCGCCGGGCAGGCCUCGGUCGCCCGCUCACCCGCAUCCCGGCUCUCCCCUUCCCUCCCCGCCGCGAACCGGCGCGAAGAUGGCAACCGACGGGCUGCACGAGAACCAGACCCUGGCGUCGCUGAAGAGCGAGGCCGAGAGCCUGAAGGGCAAACUGGAGGAGGAGCGGGCCAAGCUGCACGACGUGGAGCUGCACCAGGUGGCCGAGCGGGUGGAAGCUCUGGGGCAGUUUGUCAUGAAGACCAGGAGGACCCUCAAAGGCCAUGGGAACAAGGUUCUCUGCAUGGACUGGUGCAAAGAUAAGAGGAGGAUUGUGAGCUCCUCCCAGGAUGGGAAGGUGAUCGUGUGGGAUUCCUUCACUACUAACAAGGAGCACGCAGUCACCAUGCCCUGCACGUGGGUGAUGGCCUGUGCGUAUGCCCCGUCGGGAUGCGCCAUUGCAUGUGGUGGUCUGGAUAAUAAGUGUUCUGUGUACCCACUGACGUUUGACAAAAAUGAAAACAUGGCUGCCAAAAAGAAGUCCGUCGCUAUGCACACCAACUACCUGUCGGCCUGCAGCUUCACCAACUCAGACAUGCAGAUCCUGACAGCGAGCGGCGACGGGACGUGUGCACUGUGGGACGUGGAGAGCGGGCAGCUGCUGCAGAGUUUCCACGGACACGGGGCUGAUGUGCUCUGCUUGGACCUGGCCCCCUCAGAAACGGGCAACACCUUCGUGUCUGGGGGAUGUGACAAGAAAGCCAUGGUGUGGGACAUGCGCUCCGGCCAGUGCGUGCAGGCCUUUGAAACACACGAAUCUGACAUCAACAGUGUCCGGUACUACCCAAGUGGAGAUGCCUUUGCUUCAGGAUCAGAUGAUGCUACGUGUCGCCUCUACGACCUCCGGGCGGACAGGGAAGUCGCCGUCUACUCCAAAGACAGUAUCAUAUUUGGAGCAUCCAGUGUGGACUUCUCCCUCAGUGGGCGCCUGCUGUUUGCUGGAUACAAUGAUUAUACCAUCAAUGUCUGGGAUGUUCUGAAGGGGUCCCGAGUCUCCAUCCUGUUCGGACAUGAAAACCGCGUUAGUACUCUCCGAGUCUCCCCUGAUGGGACUGCUUUCUGCUCAGGAUCAUGGGAUCAUACCCUAAGAGUCUGGGCCUAAUCGUCUCCUCACAAUGCACACAUAGGCACCUGAGGGUAGAAUUUGAAACCGCCAAAUGGAAAUAGAUCUUCUUCUAGAGGACCUGAGGGUUAUUGCGAUGUAGCUUAAAGGAGCCCAGACGAUAUUACUUUUAAAACGACCACCCCUGGAAAGAUCUGGUGUGGGCCUUCAGCACUAGAACACCUUCAAGUCCAGUGUUUUGCAUUUUGAACACUUUUUAAAAUGUAUCCAUUUUUAAGGUUAUUCUAAUCAUAUGGUCUCCACGCUGUUCUAUUACCACACGGAUUCAGCAUUUAAUAAAUCCCCUAGUACUUCCUUGAACCACAUUUGUUUUCAGAGCACUCUAAAAUCUGAUUCUUCUCAGGGUGCCCUGUGCCUUUUGGAACUUUCCUCUAGAAGUGCUGACCUUAACGGACCGCACGAGGCAGACCGUGUUGAGGGGUCUGUGAUAGAAGAAAAUUCAAAUUCUGAACGUAAUCAGACACAAUCCCUUUUGAAAAUACGUUUUUAUUGUAAAAGUCUCUUUUUCAGUCUCUCAUUGUCUUUUUUCAGGUCAAAUAUUUCCCUCUGUGUGAACUGUCACAAAUAGAGGAGAGAUGCACAUAGAGUGGACGGGAUGUUUGCUUUAGGACUUCUGUGAUGAUGUGACGGCUCCCUUGGACGGGAUAUUUCCUGUCAUUUGAGGGAAAAGCUGAAUGCUGUUUGUGACACAAAGGCUCCUCAGAGCAAAACCUUUCUGUGUGGGAACAGACAGUAAACUUAUUUAAAAACCUGCUCAUAGUAUUAGAUGUAUUAGAAUUAGUAGUAUCCACUCAGGAUACUACAGGUGUCAUAGUAGAUCAUAUCCAUAUGAAGUAUAUUCAUAUUUAUUGCAUUGAAAAUGUAAUUACAUGAAUUAGUUGAUAGGUCCCAGGCGAUAAUGUCUUUGCUUCUCUUCUAUGGAGAAAAAAAUAACACACAAACUACUUGUCUUUACUUGAAAAUCAGCAUUUCCUUCUGGAAGACAUCAAGUGUUUUUGAGAUCCCUUCUUUUCCUCGUCUUUAAGGCAUUGAGGCUUAUUCUUCAUUUUAGAAAACUCCUUGUUCAUUAAGAUAGCAUGCAUUCCUUGGAGAAAUAGCAGGUCAGCUCACACACUGGAAGUCUUACCUGGUUGAGGCCUGCCCUGUGGGUGUUCUGGGCUCCUGUGGUGCCCAUAAACCCUGGAUCAUCCAGUCUCCUCUCUGGGCCCUGCUCCAGCCUGCCCCCACUCCUAGUCGUGGUUCUGGCCCUGUGGGCCCAGCUCCAGGCCCUGCUACUCAGAGAGACUGUUCAGAGCUGCCACAGGUCUGGUCAGCAGACAGGUCUGGACCUGGUUGGCCUGCAAACAUCAGGACGUGUUCCCUGGCCCACCCUCAGAACGACUUGUGCAGGUAUCCUAAUGGGCAAGUCCCUCAAAAAAAACAAAAAAAACAGGCUAGCUUUUCCAUCAGUUCUUUUAAGUAAAUAUGGUGAUUAGAUCCAGUCCAAGCAAACGUUUUACUGAGGGUUUUACUACACAGCACGCCCUGGGAUAGAGAGAGAAAUGUACAAGGCCCCUGCUUAACUCCAGAGAGCCCAGAGGGAAGGAGGAAGUUGGUCCAAAUGGCCCAUUUUUCAGCCACUCCUCUCCUCUUCCCCAGUGGAUUCCAGGCUGGGCAGGGGCUCGAGGAAAUGGGUAAAGGAUCUCUCCAACUCCAGGCAGCUGCUGAAGGAAUCAGGUCCCAGGGUGCCUCUCACGGGAUUCCCCAGCUCCACUCCCAAGAGGUCCCAGAGUUUGCUCCCGGUCUUCCUCUCCCCUACAGACCCUUUAGUGUCUCUGCACUCUGAUCUGGACCUUCCAGUAGUGAAGGAGGACAGGACAGAAGAAGUCACCAAGACUAAAGGGAAGCAAAUUCAAGGUUAGAUGUUUGGAGAGGCAGAAAGCAUCUUCAGUGUAUGUGCAAAAACGGUCCAUAACUUUCCAAUCAAAAAAGCUACGGG